AUGUCCCAGCCUCCUCCAUGCUGGAAUCGUACUAAAGAACCAAAGUCUCAGACAACAAUUGCAACUGUCUCCAAACAAGGAGUUGAAACAAGCUUACAAAUAGAACCUGCAUCAAUGGAAAAAGAAGUUGGACUUCACAACACAUCCUCUAGUGAAUGCGAGCAAGAGCAACGAGUAUUUCUCAGUGAUAGAGCUGAUGCACAGCUUCAAAGCUUAGUGUCACGUGUGCGGGAAAGGACAUCAUUAUACAAAGAAAAGUUGAUUAGUGAGGAUGGUUCUUCAUCAGAUGAAACUCCACCAGCUUCUCCAAUCAAAAAGGUUCCUGCACCAAAGGAUGAUGAAGAAAAACAACAACAAGAAAUAAGUCAUGAUGAGACCAAAACCGAAGAGGCAUAUUACUGUGACAUGGUUUGCUUUGAAUUCAAGAGACUUUCAAUUAAAAAGAUCAUUCACAAGUUAAGAAUCCCUGAAAGCAUUGAAAACUCAGAUUGGCGCUACGUGUUGUGGUUGUUUUUGGUGGCACUUGCAUGGAACUGGAGUUGCUGGUUUAUUCCUGUGCGCUGGGCUUUCAACUUUCAGACACUGGACACUCUUCCCUAUUGGUUAACCAUUGAUUAUAUCUGUGAUUUCAUCUAUCUACUCGAUAUGUUAGUAUUCCAGACCCGACUGCAGUUCAUUAAACAAGGAGACAUAAUAAAUAAUAAAGAAGAAAUGAAAAAGAAUUACAUGCAAUCAUUGAAAUUCAAGCUUGAUCUGGCAUCAGUAAUUCCAUUUGAUUUAUUCUACUUGGUGUUUGAGUGCAAUCCCCUGUUUCGACUGAAUCGUUUACUUAAGUAUUUAGCAUUCUUCGAAUUUAAUUAUCGAUUGGAGACGAUAAUGGAAAAAGCCUAUAUAUACAGAAUUGCACGAACAACAGGAUACCUGCUUUACCUUUUGCAUAUAAAUGCUUGCAUUUAUUACUGGGCAUCAGUGUAUGAAGGUAUUAGCAGCACUAAAUGGGUCUACAAUGGCAAAGGAAAUAGGUACCUGAGAUGUUACUAUUGGGCAGUCCGCUCUUUGAUCACUAUUGGUGGUAUUUCCGAACCCGUCACCCUCUUUGAAAUAAUCUUUCAGGGGUGCAAUUAUUUCAUAGGUGUCUUUGUUUUCUCCAGCUUACUUGGUCAGAUGCGUGAUAUCAUUGGCAAAGCCACUACGGAAUUUAGUUAUUACCAAAGUUCAAUUGACAACACAAUGAAUUACAUGAAUGCAUAUUCAGUUUCAAAAUGUGUGCAAAAUCGUGUGCGUAAGUGGUAUGAAUACACUUGGGAAUCACAAGGCCUGCUGGCAUCAUCUGAGCUAUUGGAAAAUUUGCCAGUAAAGAUGCAACUAUCAAUUGCUAUUGAUCAAAACUAUGCAAUAGUCAGCAAAGUUGACCUGUUUAAGGAGUGUGACAAACAAAUGACAUAUGACAUUCUGCUCAAGCUAAAAUCAGUUGUGUAUUUGCCUGGUGAUUUUGUAUGCAAGAAGGGAGAUGUAGGCAAGGAAAUGUAUAUCAUCAAGACAGGACAAGUCCAGGUGCUUGGUGGACCUGAUGACAAAGAAGUUUUGGUUACCUUGAAGGCUGGAUCUGUAUUUGGAGAAAUCAGUCUUCUGGCUGGAGUUGGAGGGAAUCGGCGAACUACUAAUGUGAUUGCAAGCGGAUUUACAAACUUAUUUAUUUUGGACAAGACGACUCUGAAUGAAAUUCUUAUGAAUUAUCCAGAUUCACAAAAGGUUCUUAAAAGGAAGGCCAGCAAGUCAUUGGAGUCUGAAAUACAGUGCCCAGAAGUGUGUUAG